GAAUAUUACUAAAUAUGAAAGAGAUGCGCCGAUCCUGUAGACCACAACCAUCGCUGAUCUCGCGACUGAAUUGCAAACCAUGUAAUCGGGUUCUGUUCUUCAUCGCCGGCGUUGGAAGUGGUGUAUACUACAUCCGGCAUAAGGAGCAGAUAGCCGAAGAGCUCAGGAAUGUCGAACAGGGCAGCACGAAGAAGGAUAAGGGCAAAUACUUUACACCGAAUGAAUUGAAUGACGAUCUAAUACAGCUGAAGAUAGUGCAAGUCGUAACAAGGAUGAUGUAACGUCUGCCUAACUCUAGCCCUAUUGUACGACCUUCAAGGCGCCAUAUAGCAUAGCACUUGGAAUGAAAUCCCCAGACAUUAACAAUCGCGGACCCGACCAGGCAAAUCACAGGACAUGAAUAUUCAUUUCAAAUUAGUAGUAAAUAUUGGGCUUUGGAAUAGAAAUUGAAUUUCAAAUGUAAAAUCAAGCCUAAAAUUAAUUUAAUAUAUA